UUGAUUUGUAAACAGUUCUUUAUUUCCUGUUUAGUGUGAAUGGAAAUAAUCUCUGUAGCUGUUCCUUUUAUCAGAUAAUCGGUGUUCUGGUCAAAAUCUGAUUCCGUGACAUGGUAGAUAAGUGAAGAUCUGGGGCAGAAUGUUUCUCCUUUGUGGGGAAUAUGCUGCUGUUCUACAUUCGAAAGAAACAUAAAAAAGGGAAGAAGCUUGAAAGACAGAUGGUUCCCUACAUUUAGUUUGACAGCAUUCUGAUAAAACACAAGAUGAAUUCUGAAUUUAAAAAACAAUUGAACAUCGUCGUUUUAGGAAUAGCAUUCAUGUUUAUGUUCACUGCUUUCCAAACAUGUGGAAAUAUAGCGCAAACUGUUAUUACAAAUUUAAACAAUACGGAUUUUCAUGGAAGUGGCUACACAAGUAUGGCUGUUAUUUAUGGAGUGUUUUCAGCAUCAAAUAUAAUUUCACCUUCAGUGGUUGCAAUAAUAGGACCACAACUCUCCAUGUUCAUUAGUGGUAUCUUCUAUAGCUUAUAUAUUGCCGUUUUUAUCCAGCCUUCUACUUGGAGUUUCUACACAGCCUCAGUUUUCCUUGGAAUAGCAGCUGCUGUACUGUGGACUGCUCAGGGAAAUUGCCUAACAAUAAAUUCAGAUGAAAACACAAUUGGCAGGAACAGUGGAAUUUUCUGGGCAUUAUUACAAUCCAGCUUGUUUUUUGGAAAUCUCUACAUAUAUUUUGCCUGGCAAGGGAAAACUUACAUAUCAGAAAGUGACCGUAGGACUGUCUUCAUCUCUCUGACAGUGAUCAGUCUAGUGGGCACUGUUUUGUUUUUUCUCAUUAGACCUCCAGAAGAAUCAAAUUCAGAGGAAGAGGAAGCCGAAAACACUGUGGAUAGCAUGUCUGGCCAAAGCAAAAUAUCAAGGGCCAUGAAUGCAAUAAAAAGAUCGUUCAAGUUAUGUUCUACAAAAGAGAUUUUGCUACUUAGUGUCACAACAGCCUAUACAGGUCUGGAAUUAACAUUCUUCUCUGGAGUAUAUGGAACUUGUAUAGGUGCUGUAAAGAAAUUUGGUGCUGAAGAAAAAAGUCUUAUUGGGCUCUCUGGUAUUUUCAUUGGCAUUGGAGAAAUAUUAGGUGGAGGAAUCUUUGGCCUCCUAAGUAAGAACAACAGAUUUGGCAGGAACCCAGUGGUGAUGUUAGGCAUUGUGGUCCAUUUCAUAGCUUUCUAUCUGAUUUUCUAUAACAUACCAAAUGAUGCACCUAUUGCCCCCAUGGAGGGAACAGAUAGCAAGGCAUUCAUGGAACCAAGCAAAGAAGUGGCCAUUUUUUGCAGUUUCUUACUGGGCUUUGGAGAUAGCUGUUUCAACACUCAACUCCUUAGUAUUUUGGGAUUCCUGUAUUCUGAAGACAGUGCACCCGCCUUUGCAAUAUUUAAAUUCAUUCAGUCUGUCUGUGCGGCUGUUGCUUACUUCUACAGCAAUUAUUUGUUUCUUCAGUGGCAACUUCUAAUUAUGGCAGUCGUUGGAUUUUUUGGGACAAUUACGUUUUUCACAGUGGAAUGGGAAGCGCCAGCCUUUCUUGCCAGAAGAACAGGUUAUCGCAACAUUUGAUAAACACAGCGUGGUCGUCCUGAGGCAAUAGUCACCUGUCAAACCACAAGUUUAUUGGAAAGAUUGAUAGUCUGUUCAUUAUAGAAUAUAGACAUAUUUAACACCAAAGUUCUAAAAGGUUUUGUUUUCUUAUCAGUAGUGAUAGAGAUCACAGACUACAAUGUGGAGAAGGAACUUUGCAGAGGGGACAGAGAGACUCUCUUUUUUAUUAUGUCUGCUUGAGUUUAAGAAUAGCCGUUAUGGAAAUUCUACUAUUACUCUUCUUUUAAUGCAACCCUGUACAUGUGGUUACUUGAACCCUAAUCAAAUUCAGUGAGACUUGAACCUAGGCAUAGGAUUGCAACCUUACCUUUCAUACAUACAUACAUACAUACAUACAUUCUUAUUUCCUGUAUGUUUUUUUUUCUGUAAAAUGCAUCAUUUUGCAUUUCUAGUAAGGGGAUAUGCAGAAUGGAAAGUGUUACUAGCUGAAAUAAACACGUUGUAUUUUACAAGUUCUGACAAACAGUUCUGGAUAGACUGCAGUUUGCUGGAAUUGAAACCUGGAACAUUUUUAUUCUUCUGGGUUUCAGCUGAAACAAUUCUGGAGGGGUCUUACAGUGUCAAGUACUGCAAAGCUCAGGCAGUUUGCUCCUGUGUAUCUUUCUCUUCCUCUGCAUAGGCUGUACAUUAGCCUGCCUGCUGAUCUUCUCAGGGCAUUUCUUUUCCUACUUCCCUUUAGAUGCUACUGAUUUCUGUUUCAAGUGUGACAUAUCCAACUUUGGUUUUUUUUUUAGAUUUUUUUUUAUCCCACCUUUAUUAUUUUUAAAAAUAACUCAAGGCAGGGAACAUACCUAAUACUCCUUCCUCCUCCUAUUUUUCCCACAACAUUUUCAUAGGCCCUUCCUUUCCUUACCUCCCCUUAAUUGAUGCCGCUGAUUUCUGUGGCUAAAAGUACAACUGGUCUACUUACCCACCCACCUAUCCAUAUUCCUAGUUACUUCCUUUCCCUACUUCCCUGCCAUGCACCGCUGCUGAUGUCCUUAGCUUUUUCCUGCUGUCUCUCUCUGAAACAUUUUUGCUGGAACAUGCAUGUUCCAGGUCUGGUUGUGGGCCAUCCAGAACAGAACAGUUCAUAUAUGGAAUGUUUUGUACCUAGAUAGUGUUGAUGAACUGAACAUCAUGAGAAAAGCUAAAUUAUAGCACUAAAGUGCAUAAUAGGGAUGCUUGACCUUUUGGUAGUUGGGGUUGCACUUAAUGUUUAGGGUGACAUUAAGGGCUGCAAACUGGGUGGAACCAUAUCAUACAUGGAGGUAGGGUUGGAUUUCUGGGGAGUAUCUUUGUUUUUAACUGUUAUAUACAUAUUUUAGAGCUUUUUAAUGUAUUUCCAAGCUCAAAAUGAUGGGAAACUGUAAUCAGUUUUCAGAAGUCAUGAGAAGAAAAGACUAAGCCACAAAAAGGGAUCACUUGAAGGCCUGGGACUGUCAGUUGCCCAUCCAAUACAGGGACAAGCAUGAUUCUUAAAUGUUUAAUUAGGCCAUCAGUUCAUAGCUUGAAUUAAACACUACAUUUUAGUGCCAUAAUUUCACUUUGGAGACAAGCAUACAGAGGUUAUGAAUGUAUAUCCACUACAAAUAUUUUGCCAGGUGCUGAAAUGUGUAACACACCUAUAACAUUUGACUAAUUAGUUUAAUCAAAAUGAUUUUUUCUUGUUUUAAUUCACAUGUGAAUGUAUAUAGAUUCAAACUGCAAUCAAUAUUCAUCUGGGACUGGGAGAAAACUUUAGUGAAUUCAGAGGAGCUUCCUAGUUCUAUGUAGGAUUGUGCUGUAAUCAGUUACAAUGUAUGGUUGAUCCUACUAGAAGUUCUUUGAUUAAAUAAUACACAUAGAUUCAAUUCAGCUUCUUGUCUGUAGUGCGCUUUGCUUCAGAAGAGCUGUCUAAUCUCUGGGCUACUUUCACAAAAAGGGAAUAAAGAACAUACAAUAUGAUCCAGUCUUCUCCCUACCAUUGCUUUAAAUAAGGAACAUCUCAAUCUUAUCUAAUUAUGGAACUCAUAAGGCAGGGUUUGACAUUCUCAGUGCAGAAUAUGUCUGAAGUCAGCUAUAAAGGAACACAACGAUUGUGAUCAGUUCUGCAAAAAUGUGGACACACAACUGUAUCUCUGUCAUAGAAUAAGCAACUUGUGUGACGUUGCAAAGUGCUUACUGAAUUACUUGAAAAUGGCAUACCUCAAAAACCUUGCUACUGCUGACUUGUAUACAAAACAAUAUUUUUGCAUACCAUUCUGUUGAAACAGUACUAUGCGGAGAGACAAUACUAGAUAAAACAGUAAAUGGUUUCCAUGUUCAGUAUAUACUUUCUUAUUUGUACAUCUCAGAUCCUGGCAGCAUUGAUACUAAAUGAUAUUUACUUAGUAGUCUAGCCAUAGUAGCUAAUCACUUUUAAGAGACAUAUCUGUCAAUACUAAGUGCUGGGUGAAAGUUUUGCCAUUUAGCAACGCAAUUUUUAUAAACAGAUUUCAAACUGCUAGCUUAUAUACAGCAGAAAGAAUUACAGAAUUGAUUUUGCUUUGUAAAACCAGGAACAUUAAAAUCUUCCCAUCUCUGGCUCUAUGUGAAAAUUACAGAUGACAGGGUUAAUUGAUUUGUUCUUAGUUCCAAGCAAGUAAUUGCUGAAAAAUUAACAUAAUUUUAAGCAAAACUAUUUCCUUGUAAACAUUUGUUUAAGGAUGUAAUCCAAUAUCAUGUGUAUGGAUCUGAGAGCUAAAGAUUGCCAGAACAAAUUACCCUGGUUAAAAAAAAAACAGAGUUUUCCUAUAGUUUGACCCAGAAGUGGUUAUUUGUGUGCUUGAGGAACAGUUUUGGUUCUGGAUGUUGGCAGAAAGCAAAACUACCAAAGACCCUAAUGAUGCACAGGCCUUGUAAAAACAGGGAAUUGAUGCUAAUAAUAAUUGCAUCUAUCCAGGUGAUAUAGAAGCUCAUUAACAGAAGCUGGGAUAUUAAAAAAAAACAAACCACAUGACUGAAAAGGUGAUUAGUUUGAGCAAUUAAAUAUUGGCCUAUUUGUUUAGCUGUUCCAAAUGGUAAUGUCCAGCCAAAUGAUUUCACAAACUAGCCAUUCUGAUUUUGUUGACAUAGUUGUGUUACCUCUAGUUCUUCAUUUUUUUUAAAUUAUAAAACUAUUCUCAGUUACAUGAUGUGGAUUGAAAGAAUUUUAAAAAUUAAUAAUGCCUAUUUCUUUUUAUUGUUACAGAAAUCAAACUGAACUGAGAUCAAUA